GAGCGGCUGGGGAGGAGGAGGAGGAGAAGGAAAAAACAAACAAAAAACAACAGGAGCAGCUCCGCACCGGACAAGUUACCGGAACGGAGACCGAACCCGUGUGUUACCGGGUCAGCCUCGUCUCCCCCCAGCCGGGGGAGGAUGGGGAGAGGCAGCCCGCGGUGACCGGCUUGGGAGGAGGGAUACCCGCAGUGUGCUCACAUCCUGUCUCCACACUCAUCAUCUGCCGACCGUGUGCGCUGCUGGCGGAGAGCAGUCUUUGCAAGAGAAAUGCAUCGUUAGUGCAAGUCAUCUCAAAAUAGGAUAACCAAAAACUGUGGUAAUUAUGCCACCAAGGCCUUCAUCGGGUGAACUAUGGGGCAUCCAUUUGAUGCCCCCUCGAAUAUUAGUGGAAUGUUUAUUACCAAAUGGUAUGAUGGUGGUCCUAGAAUGCCUCCGAGAGGCGACACUUGUGAACAUAAAGCAUGAACUUUUUAAAGAAGCCAGGAAGUACCCUCUUCACCACCUACUUCAAGAUGAAUCAUCUUAUAUUUUUGUGAGUGUUACACAAGAGGCAGAAAGAGAAGAAUUUUUUGAUGAAACGCGGCGUCUCUGUGACCUUCGGCUGUUCCAACCUUUUUUGAAAGUGAUUGAACCUGUUGGUAACAGAGAAGAGAAAAUUCUUAAUCGAGAAAUAGGGUUUGCAAUUGGCAUGCCUGUUUGUGAGUUUGAUAUGGUAAAGGAUCCAGAAGUUCAGGACUUUCGUAAAAACAUCCUUAAUGUUUGCAAAGAUGCAGUAGAACUUCGUGAUGCUACUGGUCCUAUCAGCAGAGCGUUGUACGUUUAUCCUCCUAAUGUUGAGUCCUCGUCAGAGCUUCCAAAGCACAUAGAAAGUAAACUUGACAAAGGCCAAAUAAUUGUGGUGAUUUGGGUUAUUGUUUCUCCGAACAACGAAAAACAGAAGUACUCGUUGAAGAUCAAUCAUGAUUGUGUGCCAGAGCAUGUAAUAGCUGAAGCAAUCAGGAAAAAAACAAGAAGCAUGUUACUAUCCAGUGAACAAUUAAAGCUGUGUGUCUUGGAAUACCAAGGAAAAUACAUAUUGAAGGUGUGCGGCUGCGAUGAAUACUUGCUGGAAAAAUAUCCUCUCAGUCAGUAUAAGUACAUAAGAAGUUGCAUAAUGCUUGGACGGAUGCCCAAUUUAAUGUUAAUGGCAAAGGACAGCCUGUAUAGUCAGAUUCCAGUGGACACCUUUACAAUGCCAUCGUACUCAAGGCGGAUAUCCACUGCUACACCAUACAUGAAUGGCGAAACCUCGGCUAAAUCCCUGUGGGUCAUCAACAGCACUUUACGAAUAAAAAUUCUGUGUGCGACUUAUGUCAAUGUAAACAUUCGUGACAUUGAUAAGAUCUAUGUCCGAACUGGCAUCUACCAUGGAGCUGAGCCAUUGUGUGAUAAUGUGAACACGCAGAGAGUACCAUGUUCAAAUCCAAGGUGGAAUGAAUGGCUUUUGUAUGACAUGUUCAUUCCUGAUUUGCCCCGUGCAGCCCGACUAUGUCUUUCUAUUUGCUCAGUGAAAGGCAGAAAAGGAGCUAAGGAAGAACACUGUCCAUUAGCAUGGGGAAAUAUAAAUCUGUUUGAUUACACAGAUACACUAGUUUCUGGAAAAAUGGCUUUAAAUUUAUGGGCUGUACCACAUGGUCUAGAAGACUUGCUAAACCCUAUUGGUGUUACUGGAUCCAACCCCAAUAAGGAAACUCCCUGUUUGGAACUAGAACUUGACUGCUUCAGCAGCCCUGUCAAAUUUCCAGACCUCAUAGCGAUUGAAGAUCAUGCAAAUAAAGUCCUAGAGCGUGAAAUGGGCUACAAUUUCAGCCAUGGGGGGCUGACAAACAGAAUAGCCAGGGAUAAUGAAGUCCGAGAAAGUGACAAGGAGCAACUCAAAGCCAUUUCUAAUCGUGACCCUCUUUCUGAAAUCACAGAGCAAGAAAAGGAGUUUCUCUGGAGUCACAGGCAUUAUUGCCUAAAUACCCCAGAAAUCCUGCCCAAGUUGCUUCUUGCUGUGAAAUGGAAUUGCAGAGAUGAUGUUGCACAGAUGUACUGCUUACUUAAAGACUGGCCUGCAAUACGACCAGAACAAGCAAUGGAACUUCUAGACUUCAAUUACCCUGAUAGGAUGGUACGAUCGUUUGCAGUUACAUGCCUUGAGAAGUAUUUAACAGAUGACAAACUUUCCCAGUAUUUAAUCCAGCUUGUGCAGGUUCUGAAGUAUGAGCAGUACUUGGACAACUUACUUGUGAGAUUUCUACUUAAGAAGGCUCUGACGAAUCAAAGAAUAGGACAUUUCUUUUUCUGGCAUUUAAAGUCAGAAAUGCACAACAAAACUGUCAGUCAGAGGUUUGGUUUGUUGCUGGAAUCUUACUGUCGUGCAUGUGGGAUGUACCUCAAACAUUUGAGUAGACAAGUGGAAGCCAUGGAGAAACUGAUCAACCUCACUGAUAUUCUCAAGCAGGAAAAAAAAGAUGAAACACAAAAGGUUCAGAUGAAGUUCCUUGUUGAACAAAUGAAGCGACCAGACUUUAUGGAUGCUUUACAAGGCUUUACCUCCCCUUUGAACCCUGCUCAUCAACUGGGUACUCUCCGACUUGAAGAAUGCAGGAUAAUGUCUUCUGCAAAGCGGCCACUCUGGUUGAACUGGGAAAAUCCAGAUAUUAUGUCAGAGAUGCUGUUUCUCAACAACGAGAUCAUCUUUAAAAAUGGAGAUGACUUAAGACAAGAUAUGUUGACACUUCAGAUCAUACGCAUCAUGGAAAAUAUUUGGCAAAACCAAGGCCUUGAUUUACGGAUGUUGCCUUAUGGUUGCCUAUCAAUUGGAGACUGCGUUGGACUUAUUGAAGUGGUGCGAUGCUCCCAUACAAUUAUGCAAAUCCAGUGCAAGGGUGGCUUAAAAGGUGCAUUGCAGUUCAACAGUCAUACAUUACAUCAAUGGCUGAAGGAUAAAAACAAGGGUGAAACAUAUGAUGCUGCCAUUGACUUGUUCACUCGAUCAUGUGCUGGUUACUGUGUUGCGACUUUUAUCCUUGGAAUAGGUGAUAGACACAACAGUAACAUCAUGGUUAAAGACAACGGGCAACUGUUUCACAUAGAUUUUGGCCACUUCCUGGAUCACAAGAAGAAGAAAUUUGGCUACAAACGUGAGAGGGUACCCUUUGUGUUAACUCAAGAUUUUUUGAUUGUCAUCAGCAAGGGAAUUCAAGAAUGCACAAAAACUAGGGAUUUUGAAAGGUUUCAAGAAAUGUGUUACAAGGCUUAUUUGGCAAUUCGUCAGCAUGCCAACCUGUUUAUCAACCUUUUUUCCAUGAUGCUUGGAUCUGGAAUGCCUGAACUGCAGUCUUUUGACGAUAUUGCCUACAUACGAAAGACAUUGGCCUUGGACAAAACUGAACAGGAGGCUUUGGAAUAUUUCAUGAAGCAGAUGAAUGAUGCCCACCAUGGUGGCUGGACAACAAAAAUGGACUGGAUCUUCCACACAAUAAAGCAACAUGCUUUGAACUGAACAGAGAGCUAGAAAAACGAACUGAAUUCAUGCUUAAUGGUUCCCUGCACUGUUCGUGUGGACAGCCAGCAAAGCCCAGUGGAACAGGAAUUGCAAAAACCAUGAAGAGCAUUAAUAUCACAAUAGCAGCUACAGAAAGUGUAUCAAACCAUUAGUGCUAACAGGGUCUACAACAACACUACGGUGUGGUUUUCAAAAGAUAUGCCUUAAACCCAAACAGAAGGCUAAAACACCCAGCAUGUGUUUUAGCUGCCAAUGUAAAUGGUUUCAAUCUAUUUGAUACAAAUAGACCUUUGGCAUAGAAAACUAUUUUUCUGAUUCCCAUUUGUGUUUUGGGAUGCUGAUUGUGACCCGUGAUGCAGUAAGAGUGAUACGACAAAACCAGAAAGGAGGGAAGUACCCUUCACACAUGCCUCUCAGUAUUGUUUGACUACAAUGCAACAAUGCAUUUUUAGACACGCUUUUUAGGUGACCAUUUGUUUUAUGAAUUAAGAAUUGAUUCCGUGUAAGCUUUGUAAGAAGCAUAGCCUCAGUUCUAUCAUUUUCCAACACAUUUGUUUGUCUAUUGCCUGAUAAAACAUUGCUCCAUCUAGGAUAAACAACUUUUAUACUUUGCUUUAUAUUUUUAAUGGACGGUCCUAGAGUAGGGCUGAACUCUUAGCCUGGUGAUCUAGUGUAAGACAUAUGAGCAAAAUCUGUCUUCCUGUAGUAGGGUGACUUUCCAAAGUGGAGUGAAUUGAUGGUAGUGUGUUCACUACUAAAGCCAACAUUAGUGUCUUGCUAUUCUAUUGCUCUAUUGCCAAUCUAUAACACUAUUCAUUUAAUUUCCACUGUGAAUCUGUCCCUAGUAUAUCAAGUAAUCUCUGAGCUACAUGAGGCAUACAAGCUUUUUAUGACCAUAAGCU